ACGCGGCGGCGCAUCAACCACUUUCACACGCUGAUUAAAGAAUACAGCAAGCUGGCUUCAAAGAGGCAAGCGCGCGGCAAUGAUUUAUCUGCAGAGGACAUGGUGAGUAUAGGUGAGCGGAUCGAGGAUGUGUCGCGGGAGAUGGCGCAGAUGGGCGGUCUGGACUGGUACCAAAAGGCUAGUCUGUUGGGCCAGUGCAAGCAGCGCGGCGGUGAUACGAGCAGAUGGCUGGUGCCGAAGAUGCGGGACUUGGGCGUGGACAAGAGGCCCGGGAAGACAAGGCUGUUGGAUGUUGGGGCCCUGAGCUGUCUGAACUACGCCAAGGAGAGAAAAUGGAUUGACGUGACGCCGAUUGACUUGAACUCGCAGGAGCCGGGCAUAUACAAGCAGGACUUUUUGGACAUUGAGCUUGACAGCAAUGCCCCUGUUCCAUUAUUUCCGUUCGAAGUUAUCUGUCUAUCGCUAGUGGUGAAUUUCAUAGGUGAUCCGGCCAGGCGCGGCGACAUGCUGAAGCAAGCGGCGCGGUUGCUCGCGCCCGAGGGACUCUUGUUUCUCGUCCUCCCCCUCUCUUGUGUUGCCAACUCGCGGUACCUUGACGACGAGCGGCUUUUGGAAAUAAUGCAGUUCUUGGGAUUCACCCAGCUCCACCAGAACCACACGGCAAAACUUGCACAUUAUCUCUACCGCCUCACAGCCAGCAUACCUGCUACCGCAUCAGCAUCGGGAGAUGAGCCGCAAUUUAAGAAAAAGAUGCUUCACUCGGCACCCGGUAGAAACAACUUUUCAAUUGUAGUAUAG